AUGAAUUUCAAACUAUUAUCUUUAUUAAUCAUACUGACAUUUGCUUCAACAACAUUCUCAACGAAAAUCAAAUCUUUUGUUGGCUUGAGAGAACUCACCCAUCAGAUAGAAGGAUAUGAGAUCUGUGAUAAAUGUUAUACAUUUGUUGAGGAUAAUAUACAUUCUACUGUAAAUAAUAUUAUUCAUGGUGGAAAUAAAUCAUGCUCCGAUAUCUGUAGUGUAUUAAACAGUACUUCUUAUGAUGUUUGUGAGACAAUGUGUGAAACCUUGGGUUUAGAAUUAUUUAUGGUUCUAUUUAGUGUAGUCGAUCCUGAUCCAGUUUAUAUCUGUGAAUUAUUGAAAGUAUGUGAAAUCAAUGAUAAUGGAUUUGCAAAUGUAACAUCUGUUACUGUUAGUCCAACUUCUGCUCCGCAAAAUACUUCUUUCAAUGUCAAUGUGGAUUAUAGUGUAAGCAGUGAAUUGGGUACUGGAACCAUCCAAGUUCAAGUCUGGGCACCAGGAGAUGGUCAGGUUGUCACACUCAACUAUCUCUUGGAGGAAACAACGGUUGGUCAAUACACACAAUCUUUCAUUAUCGAAACCUAUCCAAACGAUAAUUGUAAUUUCACUGCUGGCCUCUACAUGGUAGAUGUACUGAUUUGUGAGGGAUCAUGCCAGUCGACUCACCCACACUCUAAGAUCUACAAUUUGGAGCGUUCACAAUUUACAAUCACUGGAAACGGUGGAAGUGGUAGUGGAAGUAGUGGAUCAUAUUUAUUUUGGUGA